AUGGACAAAACACCUAUGGAUAUCACAAUUGACAAAACACCCAUAGAUAUCACAAUUGACAAAACACCCAUGGAUAUCACAAUUGACAAAACACCCAUAGAUAUCACAAUUGACAAAACACCCAUGGAUAUCACAAUUGACAAAACACCCAUAGAUAUCACCAUGGACAAAACUUCUAUGGAUAUCACAACUGAAAAAUCUCCCAUGGAUAUCACAAUUGAAAAAACAUUCAUGGAUAUCACAAUGGACAAAACAUCCAUGGAUAUCACAAUUGACAAAACACCCAUGGAUAUCACAAUUGACAAAACACCCAUAGAUAUCACCAUGGACAAAACUUCUAUGGAUAUCACAACUGAAAAAUCUCCCAUGGAUAUCACAAUUGAAAAAACAUUCAUGGAUAUCAAAAUUGACAAAAUAUCCAUUGAUAUCACAAUGGGCAAAAUAUCCAUGGAUAUCACAAUGGGCAAAACAUCCAUGGAUAUCGCAAUUGAAAAAUCUCCCAUGGAUAUCACAAUUGAAAAAACAUCCAUGGAUAUCAAAAUUGACAAAACUCCUAUGGAUAUCACGAUGGACAAAACACCCAUGUAUAUCACAACUGUCAGAAAAAACUUCCAUGGAUAUCACAAUGGACAAAACACCCAUGGAUAUCACAACUGA